AGUCUCUUCUGUCCAUCCUCUUCGCCAGCUGCCAUAACGAAACCCCACUGUGCUCAUGGCUCUUUGAGCAGUCUGGUAGACUACAGAGUAUACAGACCUCUACAUUAUAGCCUUCACCGUCUGCUCUGCCAACCGAUUUUAAAUUAUACGCAAAGGACUGUCUAAUUUACCAGGCCACGGUAAUUAGAAUUUCGAUGCGCACGACGAUUCCAUGCGCACGAUCAUUCAAAGGGGAGGAUCAGUUCUAACAUUCUGUGUCAAUUUACGGCAUUUACACUGUCUGUCGCCAUUCUAAGGCUUCAAAGGUUAGGCUUCUCAAUUGACGGUUUCUAAUAUUAUUUUUUAGGUCGAAGUAUUGUUUAGGUUUAGUCUAAUCAGAUCUACGGUUACUUGGCUACUACGCUUUCAAGGAUACGACGACAACACGAGUCGUCUAAGGAUCAUCUGUGUCAACGAGCUGGGGAGAAACCGUAAAAAUGUUCGAGACGAGAGGGAUUCCUUUUAUUCUGCUUGACAUCGCCUGUCUAAUUCUCGCUGGACUCCCGUUUGCAAUACUCACACCGCUACACAAUCCCUUCAAACGGGGAUUUUUCUGUAACGAUGAUUCGAUCAAGUACCCUCUAAAAGAAGACACCAUAUCCUAUCAGUUGUUAGGUGGAGUUAUGAUACCAGUCACAGUACUCACUAUGGUCUUUGGAGAGUGCCUUUCGGUCUAUCUCAAACGCAUCAAAUCAAAGUCCUCUUUCAGCAACAUGUAUGUGGCCCGUGUUUACAAAGCCAUCGGCACAUUCGUGUUCGGGGCAGCCAUGAGCCAAUCGCUCACUGACAUCGCCAAGUAUUCGAUUGGCCGGCUCCGACCCCACUUCCUGGACGUGUGCAAGCCUGACUGGAAGCUGAUCAACUGCACGGCAGGCACCUACAUAGAGGACUUUACCUGCACAGGGGACGCACGCUUGGCCAAUGAGGGCAGGCUGUCUUUCUACUCUGGCCAUUCCUCCUUCUCCAUGUACUGCAUGCUGUUCCUGGCACUGUACAUCCAGGCCAGGCUGCAGGCAGGGUGGGCCAGACUCCUGAGACCAACCCUACAGUUCUUCCUGAUCGCGGCGUCUGUGUACACCGGACUGUCUCGUGUGUCUGACUACAAACACCACUGGAGCGACGUCCUGGUUGGCCUUAUCCAGGGAGUGCUCAUGGCCACACUGGUAGUCUUCUUCGUGUCAGACUUCUUCAAGAAGAAAGUUGAGCCUCAGAAGGAGGAUAUUCCCCACACCACCCUGCAGGAGACACCCACAAACGGAAACCACUACGACAGCAGCCCCAACUAAACUAUAAAGGAGAGGAGGAACCAUCCGGAACCAUACGUGACGUGUAGCCAGUGGGGAAGUGUUUACUGCAUGCGCAUCAUACCCCACUAAGGGACGGACCACUGGGGUGGACAGAAAGGCUUAAGUACCAAAUGGCCCCCUAUUCCCUAUAUAGCAUAACCUAUAGGGCUCUGGUCAAAAGUACUGUACUAUGUAGGGAAAUAGGGUGCCAUUUGGAGCGUUGCCAAACCUGUGAAUGUAACCCUGCUUUGUGCAUUUAUGACCUAUGACCUGGAGCCAAGCUCCCUAUUGGACAUUGAGUCACACCCAUGUUGCCUUGGUUGGACUGCUACUAAUCAUAGCUUCCUUUGUAUUAUCGUUACUAUCCCAACAAGACUAAUAUAAUAUACCUAACUAUCCCAACAAGACUAAUAUAAUAUACCUGACUAUCCCAACAAGACUAAUAUAAUAUACCUGACUAUCCCAACAAGACUAAUAUAAUGCAUCUGUACCCGAAGCAACAAAAUACCUUACUUUUUUUUUUAUCCAUCCAUAUGUAAAAAAAAUCACUACAGACGUUUUUUUAAUUAAAAUUAGUUUUAACUAUG